AUGAGGAAUCGCAACGAGGCCACUCCUCUCUACGGCUGGACGUUCCACCAAUCUCACGAUCAGGCCACCGUCCUGUUCCUCGUUCCGCACACAGUCUCGGCCAACGACCUCGACAUCCGCAUCGCAAGCGACCACGUCUCUGCAUCCAUACCUAACCAUCCGCCCAUCCUACAUGCCAAGCUCUACGGUCGCGUCAACACCGAGACUUCCACCUGGAGAAUUGCGGAUCGAGAUCGUGCACGAAAACGCCAAAGCAGAUCCGUGGUACGCUCCUCGCAACCGACCACAAGUACAUCAGGAUCUGGGUCGGGCUCCGUUGCGGACCAGGACAGGCGUCGAACGCAACGAGGCUCGCGUCAAAACCAGACCGUCGGACCUUCUGAAACCGUUUCGUCUGAAUCGCAUGUUCAUGUCGAGUCCUCGACUACAUCGCAAUCCAGCUUGUCCGCGUCCAUGGUCUCGUUGAACUCGGGCUCUAGCUACGAAGUCCUCUCGCACUCGAUCCCAUCGACACUGCCACUCCAUUCUGCCGGCCCUUCCACCGAAUGGUCUAGCGGCUCCAGCGACCUGGGCUCCUCUGACUCUGCCGAAGCAGGCCUCAUUCAGAGCGUUGUCUUGUCCGACCCGGGCGACAUGCGCGGUCGUGGCGACGAAGCCGCUCCCACCUUUCGGUCUGCCGGCAGCGUGGACCUCAGAAGGUCGCAGUCGAUCUCUGACCUGGCCUCUUCUUCGUCGCCUGCCUCUGGUUCGUCCGCCAAUCCAUCCGUGAUGCCCCAGGCCUCGCCUCGCAGCGGCCCUCCCGAGGUGCGGCUGGUAACGGUGCAUCUGGACAAGAUCGAUACCGGCAUUUGGCCGUUGCUGGUGGUGGGUCCCGCACCUUUGCAAAGCUCGACGCUUCCCGCUCGCUUGGCUAGGUUGCUCGAUUCUGACCUGCCUCGAAGCAAUUUCCUUACCGAGUCUUUUAUUCACGAUCGCAUCGUACAUUACCGCAACGUACGCCAAGAGCAACAACAGCGGAGUGCGGCUCAGCUGCAGCUUAACCAAGCGCUUGAGGAGGCGCUCAGUGCUUUUGAAGGGGGCGACCGUGUGCUGGCCGCGAUCCGAAGUGGAAUUGAUCCCAUCACGUAUCAUACAAGUCUCCGCGCGCGCUUUGACGGUCUCUCUCGGAACAGCAUGGACAGCGAUGAAGACUAUGGACCGAGCACUAGCACGCUCAGCAUCAACACCAUCGGCAGCGACGAAAGCGCCACUGUCCUCGGCAGUCGAGUCGCUAGUCUCUCGGGAACGUCGCUGGAUCUCCACCGAGCUCGUCCCAAUGCUGCCGAUGCCACAGGAACCGAUGCAGAGCACGAAGAAGAAGACGAAAUCUUAGAGGCGUGGAGGGAGCUGGAGGUGCUGGCCAGAUAUAACAUGGAUCCCACCACACUGUCGUUGAUCGGGCUGCAAUUUACCAACGGAUACACCGCGCAAAGAGCUUCCAGCCUCUCUGCACAGCCAUGUAGAACCUCAUCGUCUGGCAUUCCGGACGCUUUCGAGUAUUUUGCACGAGCUUGGAGGGCAGCAGAUGUCAGCUUGGCCACUGAACGCUUGGUGCAGGAGUUUUUACCACUGCUCCCCUCCACGUCCCAUGGUGCUGCGACUCCGGACCAGAGCGGCCAGCAUGCCCACAUCGCAGAGCCUUUCGAGACAUCGUUACAGGUAGCUACAAUGCCGCCGACUAUCGACGUGAUCGCGGAUGCACUGAGGGACGUACUGCAUUCCCAUUCGUACAUGUCACAUCGACAGCGGGUGGUCGCUUCCCUUGGCGGGCCGAAGGCAUUGGCACGUCUGUACCUUUCCUACGGCAGGUUGCAUCUUCCUUCCCUUGCAUCCAACCGCUCCCCUCUUGCCUUCCCGUAUGGCCAGCUGACGAGUCCCUUUGUCGGCGGCGGACAUGGUGGCAUGUCCCAACCCAGCCAUCCCCGAAGAAUCUCCAGCCGAAAGCCAACAUCGUCGACUUCAAGCCGCACUCCUAGUUUAGCCUCUUUGACAUUUGGCGGCGUUGAGGGCGGCGUUGCUUCGCCUAACAAGGGCACUCGAGCCCCCAAUUCUCCCACCAUUGCAGAUUCAAGCAGAGGUGUGUCGCCGGACUUUGCAUCUAGUCAUAACGACGCUAACAGAUUCGACUUUUCCGAUUUCCACAUGCACACCGACCACAGCACAGCGAGCCAGCCGCCUGCGUUCUACUUUUUCCGCGAAGCCUGCCUACUCGACAGCGAUGUGACAGAUCAGAUCAGCUCGGAAGAGUGGCGCGAGGCGCUCAACUUGGCUGCUGAGCACGAAUAUCGCCGCACAGCAGAGCGCGAUGCCCUUGCGCAAGCAGAAGAGAUGGGCAGCAUGGCGGGCGACAGCGAGAGCGGCGAGCUCGCGUUUGAAAGCGACAGCGAAGCCCAUCGACGCCGUGCGCAACGCCGAUCCAAGCUUCGUGCCGCGCACUCUUCGGCUUCAUCGGCGAGCGGCAAAGGCGGGCUCUUCAAGCUGGCUUGGCUCAAGGAUGCAGACGCGACCGAGUCGGGCCGCAAGCGCAGUGGUAAAGCUCCUCGAAGAGCAGACAAGAGCAAGCGCCGCAAGGAGCGUUCGAGUCGAGCGCAUCAAGACGCUGGCGUGAUCAACUUUGUCAGCGGAGCCGCUCUACUUGGCGUAGCUCUGGCAGGCAGCGUUGCGGCUCUUGGUUGGUGGAGGCGCACCUCUGCUGCGUUAAAUUCUUCUGCCUAG